AUGGAUGCUGUGGAACUUGCCAGAAAGCUGCAAGAGGAAGCCACUUGCUCCAUCUGCCUGGACUACUUCAGGGACCCUGUGAUGACCUCCUGCGGCCACAACUUCUGCCGUGACUGCAUCUGCCUGAGCUGGGAGAAGGCAAAAGGCAAGAAGGGCCGGAGGAAGCAGAAGGGCUCCUUCCCCUGCCCCGAGUGCAGGGAGAUGUCCCCGCAGCGGAACCUGCGGUCCAACCGCCUGCUCACCAAGGUGGCCGAGAUGGCACGCCAGCACCUGGGCCUCCAGAAGCAGGACCUGUGCCAGGUGCACCAGGAGCCCCUCAAGCUCUUCUGCCAGGAGGACCAGAGCCCCAUCUGCGUGGUCUGCAGGGAGUCGCAGAAGCACCGGCCGCAUAUGGUGGUGCCCGUUGGGGAGGCCGUGCAGGAGUACAAGCUGAAGCUGGCAGAGGACAUGGAAUAUCUUCAGGAGGAGAUGAAGAAGACGCAGAAGCUCCGGGCCAAGGAGGAGCAGACCUUAGCCAAGUGGCAGGACAAGGUGAACAAGCGAAGAGAGUGCAUCACGGUGGAGUUUGAGAAGAUGGGCCUCUUCCUGGUGGAGGAAAAGCGGAGGCUCCUCCAAGCCCUGAGGAAAGAGGAGGAGGAGAUGGUGGCCAGGCUUCAGAAGAGCAAGGCCUUGCUGGAUCAGCAGAACCACUCCCUGGAGAUGCUGCUGCUGCAGCUGGAGGACAGCAGUGAGCAGGAGCCCCUCCAGAUGCUGCAGGAUAUGAAGGACCUCCUGGGCAGGAAGAAAAGCCUGACUGUGCUGUACCCAGAGGCCACGCCCCCCAUCGAGGUCAGGACUGUGUGCAGGGUCCCCGGGCAGAUAGAGGUGCUCAAAGCUUUCCAAGAGGAAGUGGUGCCCGACCCCACCUCUGCAUACCCGUACCUCCUCCUGUACGAGAGCCGCCAGAGGUGCUACCUCAGCACCCCACCCGAGGUUGGCAUGCUGCGCAGCAAGGACAGGUUUGUGGCCUACCCCUGUGCUGUGGGCCAGAAGACCUUCUCCUCAGGGAGACACUACUGGGAGGUGGGCAUGAACCUCAUCGGGGACACACUCUGGGCCCUGGGUGUGUGCAGAGACAAUGUGAGCAGGAAGGACAGGGUCCCCAAGUCCCCUGAAAACGGGUUCUGGGUGGUGCAGCUGUCCAAGGAUAAGAAAUGCUUGUCCACAAUGUCCGCCCCCAUCCCGGUCACGCUGACUGAGCCUCCCAGCCACAUGGGCAUCUUCCUGGACUUCGAGGCCGGAGAAGUCUCCUUCUACAGUGUGAACGACGGGUCCCACCUGCACACCUACUCUCAGACUGCCUUCCCGGGCCCAUUGCAGCCUUUCUUCUGCCUGGGGGCUCCAAAGUCGGGCCAGAUGGUCAUCUCCACAGUGACCGUGUGGGUGAAGGGAUAG